UUCUGUUAUCUUAAUUGAUCAUUAUUUCUAAUUCUAACUAUAUAUUUUACAACAAAAAUUCCAUUUCAAUAAUAAAAAUAAUAAUAAUAUGUAAAAUAUAACUAAGGAGAACACAUAUAACGUUUUACUGUAACAACAAUUUUUUUUUAUAAUUUUUUUCUGAAAAUAAAUUAACAACAAGAAAUUUCUAUAUAAUUUUUUAGUAAUUUAUUGAUUGAAAAAUAAAAAAUCACGACGAAAGGCAGUUAGGACCUCCUUCCUAACUUGUAUCUAACCUUUUUAAAUCAGUUUUUCGUUUUUUUUAAGCCGCGUUUUCUGCAUUUCUCUUCACACUCCUCUGUAAUCAACAACCACAACAAUGGCUUCUCUUCUCUCAAUCUUGCUUCUUCUAACUUUUCUCCUCUGUUCUUCUUCCCAAAUUAGCAGGAAGGAAUUAAGGGAUGAAGAGUUUAAGCAGGAAAUGGUGAUACAAUUUCCUAGCUCUGUUCAUUCCAACAGGAUUGACCCAUCAAGGGUGGUCCAACUCUCUUGGCGACCAAGGGUCUUCUUAUAUGAAGGUUUCCUUUCAGAUGAGGAAUGUGAUCACCUAAUUUCCUUGACUUCAAGGGAGGAUGAUGCUUCAGGAAACACCAUAAAGAAAAAAUUGAUGAAAAGUUCAGAGACUCCCCAACUGGUUAAAGAUGAUGUAGUUUCAAGGAUUGAGGAAAGAAUUUCAGCUUGGACCUUCCUUCCCAAAGAAAAUGGAAAGGAUUUGCAAAUAUUUCGAUACGAGAAUGAGGAUUCCGAAAAGAAUUUUGAUUAUUUUGGUAACAGUUCAUUACUAGACCAAAGUAAGCCUUUGAUUGCAACAGUUGUCUUGUAUCUCUCUGAUGCCAAAAAUGGUGGUCAGAUUAUAUUCCCAAAAUCAAAGGUGAAGAGCAACAUUUGGUCUGAUUGUACAAAGAGUAGUGGUAGUAGUGACAUCAUGAAACCGAAAAAAGGCAAUGCAAUUUUGUUCUUCAACAUCUAUCCUAACUCAACUACUGACACUAGCAGCUCUCAUGCUAGAUGCCCUGUCUUAGAGGGAGAAAUGUGGUUUGCCAUCAAAUUCUUUCAGGUAAAAAUAACUGCUGAAGAAAAGCUCUCGUCGUCUGAGUUGUCGAGCUACGAAGACUGCACCGAUGAAGAUGACAAUUGUUCUACGUGGGCUGCCAUGGGAGAAUGUAAGAAAAAUGCUGUCUUCAUGAUUGGCUCCUUGGAUUACUAUGGAACAUGUAGGAAGAGUUGUAAUGCAUGUUAAUGAUGGAUGGAACCUCCACAAUAAACUUCAAUUCUCAUCAUUUUUUCUUUUACUUUUUAGCAACCGAUCUAGUAACACUUGUCUCAGGUGAGCUAAAUAGAUAUUACUCAAGUGAAACAUGUAAGCAGAAUAUAGAUAGUUAUUAUUCCAUUAUAAA